ACAAUUUUGUAUCUUUACUGUUAUAUAUUCUUAUGAAGACAGAACACAACAGCCUCGAUUUGAGAACGUGCAAACGAAGCCGACAUGUUCUCCAGAAGUGCUCAAGUUUUUGUGGCUCCCUGCACCCAGGUGCGAGGGAUGGCCACAUUGAAAGAAAUUCGGAUGCGUUUGAAGUCUGUUCAAAAUAUCCAGAAGAUUACAAAAUCAAUGAAGAUGGUGUCAGCUGCCAAAUACGCUCGAGCAGAAAGAGACUUGAGACCAGCACGAUCAUAUGGAGCCGGGGCAGAAGCGUUUUUUGAGAAGAUAGCACCAGAGGAAACUGAGGUUGAGGGAAAAAAGAAGGAGUUGAUUGUUGCUAUGUCAUCAGACAGAGGCUUGUGUGGUGGUGUACACUCUAAUGUAUGUAGAGCUAUAAAGGCAAGACUUGCCAACAAGGAUACCAAUGUCGAGACCAAGCUGAUACUCAUUGGGGACAAGGCCAGGAGUAUCUUACAGAGAUUGUAUGGGAAAGAUGUUAUACUAAGUAUGAACAAUGUGGGCAAGACUCCGCCAAACUUCAAUGAUGCAGCUUUCAUUGCUGAACAGAUCACAGAUGCUGGAUUCAAGUUUGAUUCUGGAACUAUCUAUUUCAACAAAUUUAGGAAUGUGGUAUCAUACAAUACAAGUGCACUGCCUCUCUACACAGAGGAGGUUGUUGCAGCAGCUCCCAAGCUGUCCGAAUACGACAGUGUAGAUGAUGAUGUACUCAAGUGUUACAAUGAGUACAUGUUGGCAAGCCGUAUCUACUAUACUCUCAAGGAGGCAGCUUGUAGUGAACAGAGCUCCAGAAUGACAGCUAUGGACUCGGCCAGCAAGAACGCAGAGGAAAUGAUUGCCAAGUUAACAUUGACCUUCAACAGAACUAGACAGGCUGUCAUCACAAGAGAAUUGAUUGAAAUCAUCUCAGGGGCUGCCGCCUUGUAAUCACGGUGGUUUGUAGGCAUUAAUAAAACAGGUAGUCAUCAGGAACAGUUUCAUACACAUGAACUAUGUGAUAAAACACAUGUUGACUUUUUCUGACUUAUUUAAGGUUCUGAAAAGCAGUGUUAAAUUUAACUAGAGAAACGGUGUAACUAAAAGUGUAACUGUUCGGAAAAUAAUUGACACAUAGUGUUGUGUUGUUUUUAGUAUGGAAAAAGGAAUGAAUUUUAUACAGUAUUUGGGAUAUAUAGAAAAAAGGAAAUUAAUAUUGAAGUGCUAGUUAACAGGUCUGUGAACCAUGUGUGAUAGAAUAUAUUGGAAAUGUGUUAUUAAAAUAUUUUGAAGACGGAA